CUUUUCUCCCCGACAACCGUGCUCUCUCUCUCCCAACACCAUCUCCUCUCCAUCAUCCACCAUCCAGCCCCCUCAACCCCUCAACCCCUCAAUCGGCAAUAAGAUCACUCAGUGGCCCCGACCCCUACGAUAGCGACAUAAUGGCCCCCGCCCACCAAGCCAAACGGCCCUACGCUGGCUCCCAACCCCCUAUAACCUCCUACUUCACCCAAUCACCCAGCACCACCUCGCCCCGCACAACCUACUCUGUCUCACAGCUACCGCACGACUCUACCUCCGAGCUUCGCCCUUCUCUCCCGCCCAGCAUCCAGGCCAAUCUCUUAUCGGUUGGCAUGCGUGUCCGCAAAUCUGUUCCUGAAGGCUACAAAACCGGUUCCUAUUCUGCUUUCACUUUAUUUUCCGAUCCAACGCCGACGCCAGAACGGAACCCAGUAAAGAAGAUAACCCCGAGACCUAGGACGAGGGAGUUGGCGCCCUUUUGUGGGAUUAUGAAAGUCGGAGGCCUGGCUCAGCAGCAGUCGGGGGCAUAUGAUGAAGGUGACAGCAGUGCCAUUGACCUUGACUAUGACGACGAGGAUGAGGUUCCGCCGUUAAGCCAAGGUAGCACGAAUAGUGAUGUCAGUGUUGAUGCGCCUGUGGUGAACAAGAGGAGAUUUGAUCUUGAUGAGGAAGAGGAACAGGUGGAUGAUGUACGGGAUGCUGUUACCGUCUUGGGGCAGAGAGUAAUGGCUGUUCCGAGGAGGAGAGGAGCUUCGAAAUUCGGGGCUGGGCUUGCGAUAGUGGGGCAGGAGAAUUCAGAUGCCGAUAUGGAUUUUGAGGAAGCGACCUUCUUGGAUUAUGAUUUGUUGCCAGAGGUGGAGAUGGGUGGUGCUUAGGGAGCGCAUGAGGAGGUUACAUUGUGUAUUAUUGGUUGGGUUUAUAUCCUAAGGGAGGGAUUGGUGAUCUUACACAGCUGGCGUUAGGGAGUUUGCAUUUAGGACAUGCUUGUACGCAUUAUCCGGAACCUGGGGUCUCGGAUAAUGAGCGAGUGCUCAGAUUCUACGCAUGGAAGGAUUUGACACUAAUACAGGUACACCUUCUGACUUGAAGAAUUACAUACCCU